AGUCAAACAACAAUAAAUUCUCAGCACGAAGUUUCCCAAUUUACAAAAUGGAGAAAAGCGGGACUUCGCAAUAAACUCGGAGAAACUAAGAAAGAAAUGUCAAUGAUGACGAGUCAGAAUACAAAAUUGUUGUCUCAACUUGUUGUUAAAUAUUGGAUGAUAUAAUGUUUUAACACAUUUUCUUCAUUUGCGGAGAAACUACUUGUUGAUUGUCGUUACAUAAAUCACUUCCCUAAUCCACAGAAAAUUGACAACCUUUUAAAAAGUGCGUAUAAUCACUGACCACAAACACCCGAUAAAUUCCCGAAAGUUCCAGGACCCCCGAAAUCUGCAACUCCGUUCCUUAAUUGGCAAGUUUCCGUCCGCCCAAGCUCGUCGACUGUAAAAUUAGAUUAACAAAAUAAAUCCCCUUGGCAAACAUCGGGUAAAUCGAACAUGCCAGAACAAUGCGUAACAUCCCAAUCGAAGCUGUCGUCCCCAGAAGAUAAACGUCGGAACCAAUCUCCACAUACCAGACACGCAAUAAAACACUUUUCCACGCAUACCUUCGAGAGUGAAUUUGCUCAUCCCUCACAGGUAGUGGUACCUCGAUAUGGGUCAGCGCUAUAUAACACCCGAGCCCAUCUUCGUCCGCUUAUUUGAUGGUAGAGAGCCGGUAUAACACGGUCACAUUCCCAUUUCAUUUGUUCUUCCGGCGAUCACCCAUGCUUUCACCCAUUGAGCGGAAAGCGCCUCGGUGCAGUGCAGUGCGAUCGGUGUUCUAAUGACUGUUCUUCGGCGUCUCAGUACUUAGGAUUUUGGCGCGCUUUCGCACACCCUGGACCAUGUGCCAUACCCGGAACUGAUAACAGUGAUAACCACCAUGGCGAGAUACAAGAUAAUUUACUUGCUCCUGCUCACAUACGUCGCCGCAGCCAAAGAAGCCGACGACCGAACGAUAUCCCUCAAACCCCCCGACAAACUCAUCCUCCAGAAAUCGUCCCCCUACAAAGACCAACCGUCGUUUUUCUCAAGACUGAAGAACUGGAUCUUUCCUUCGCCCGACCCUGUACCUGCCGAAGGCCACCACGGUGGCCCUCAAUACUUACCUCCGCAGCCAUACCAAAGCGACACCGGCUGCAACGCCUGCAACAAGGCCCCCUGGAUCCCUGUAGCGUCCAACGUAGGCCACAACACCCUCAUCAACUUCGUACCGCCGUCUAGUCAUAUCGAGGAUUUGAGACCCCCCACCAGCCAGUAUGGACCCCCAUCGGCAGACUAUGGUCCUCCUCCACCACAGUACGGACCUCCACCACCAUCGCCCCAAUAUGGUCCUCCUUCGUCACAGUAUGGACCUCCCCCCCACUACAACUUCGACUUGAGGCCUCCGCCACCCCCAGCUGCACACCGAAGACCCGUUUUCAGGCCCAGACCCGACAAGCUUUCACCCAUACACAACUUGAAGCCACCUUCAGUGACCCAUUUGAAACCAGUCACUCAGAACUAUGUUCCCAUUGGUAUGAACCCUCCCCCUCUCACGGGACACUACCAUUCCUUACCAACGUCACCCAGUGUGGAUAUUUAUCUACCGCCGCCACCACCGCCUCCGUCUGAUAGCUACGGCACCCCAGUGGUGGGUCCCAACGCUGAUUAUCAAACCCGACCGGAGUAUCUGCCACCAGUUGAACAACUACCGCUAUCGUCAAUGCCGAUUCCCUUGCCCAAUUUAGGGCCCUAUCCGGUUGCCCCAAUCCACAACUAUCAAGAAUUCCGGGAUAAUGUUCCUCAACACGGAACUAACUUUGAAGUGAAAGCUAAGAACGUCCAGGUGCUUCCGAGUGUCAAAGUCGCCGACUUUUUAGCUUCUGUGGAACACCCAAUUAACGUUAUUCAAUCACCUUUGGUGGAAGUUUCGGUGAAACCUGACACUGUUGUUGAAGAAUCGGAUAUCAGACCUGGAGGGUUCUACGAAGACAAUUCAAAACUAAGCGAGAACCCUAUUGUUGUGGAAGAUACCCACACAGCUGCCAGUGCUGUGAAUGUAACCUUCCAAGAGAGCAACAUACAAGAUAUUCCGGAACGUUCCUCACACGAAAUUCUGCAGUCGAAUUUGAUUAAACAGUUGCUGCUACAACAAGAAAGUAGUACCAAUCAAAAUAAGACAUUCACGCCUCCACCGAUGGACUAUAGCAAGUGGCAACCCACUUGGGGUGGUUCCGUUUCCAGUUCGAUGGUACCGCCACCCAUUGCUCCCACGACGUGGCUACAACCCGUUUCCUCUACCACCAAGAAACCCAAACAAAUUCAAAUCAUUGUACCUUACAUCAGUAACAAGAAACCAAUUCCUUUUAACAACAACAACAACAACAACGUCGCACGCAUGGUACCAUCCAAGCCAUACACGACAUUGCUUCCGGUUUACUCACCCCCAACCACAACCGAAGAAGUUUGGUCCAAAUUCAUAGACGAUUUUAACUCAGCUGAGUCAAAGAAAAUCACAGCAACAGCGUUCACACCGCCAACCACACAAGUAUACAACAUCCGCGAUUUGCUUAAAGACACGAAAGAGUACUACUCUUCGGAUAAAUUACCUUUCGACGUGAUUUCGCUGCAGAAUAACAUAGAUGAUUGGACGCAACAGUCCUUCUCGAAGACCAUUCGCGACGAGAAAGUCAGUACCAGUUCAAAGUUCGUGCCAUCUAAAAAAAUCCCGGAUGAGUUUUUCACGACGCAGUACCCCGAAAGCACCACUGGUGGUUUUGACCAUGAACAAGCCGGUUCUAGUCAGAAAGAAACCAAAGUGGACGACGACAUUGAGACGAAUUUGAUUAUCACGACUGAGAGUACCACCACGAUUAAACCGUCUUGGGAUCCAUCAAAGGUGACGGUUUCGCCUCUAACUAAAGAGAGGGUGUACAUAGUGACGCCGCAGCCUCUUAGUUAUCGUACCACCCCUAGAACCGCCUGGAGUCACCCGCCUAAGGUACAAACCAACCAAACUGUGGUACCCACGCCGAAAUUUUUGGUUCGCGUGGACCCAGAGAAUCAGAGGGAUACAAACGACAAUCCAGGACCUUUAACUGUGGUGUUUAGCGAGUGGCCACAUUUGAUUAACAAUUUGCAAACGACCACGACACUUAAGCCGACUUCGAAGCACCCAUUGCUGGGUUUGAUGGAUCUGUCUGAGUACACGCCGCCCCCUAACUCCACCGUAGAGACUAUUUCUGGACAUUCAAGGGUGGUGACCGUUGUGACACCGGCCGCCGUGACGGAGAGGCCCAGAAAUGUUAAAUGAAGAAAGCGAUUAUGAACUGAUUACGAAAGUGCAAUAGACCGUAGUUUAAGUGCAAGUGCAGACGAUUUAGUACAAUUCGACUCGUAUCCAAAUGUAUGACAAUUAAUUUAUACUCACUGUUGUAUUAUACUCUUGACUAUUUAUAUUUUUCAAUAAAUAUUUUAUAAUGAA